UGUGUUAAAAUGUAAUAAUAUCAGCCAGAGCAAGUCCAAGUAGCAGCCUGAAAAUGUAAGAUGUGAAGUUUAAAAAAAAAAAAAAAAACUCUGGUGAGCUAACAUGUUAUUUAUUCUAAUAAGAGUAUAUGGGGGCUGAAUUGCUUUUAGACAAAUGAGCUGAAUGUAAGAAUACACAGACUAACAAUUUGUUCACAUUAGUCACAGGUUAUUUCCUGAAACCUGCAAUUUAAGUUACUUGAAAUAUAAGUAUUACUUCAGCUCACGUCUUACUAGAGCAUUCAGAAAAACAAGCAACAUCUACACAGAAUAAAUGCACUGUAUGUAUAUGGCACAGUCAGGAUUCAUUGGCAGGUUUUCAAGUGGCAGAUUACACAAGAUAAUGCCUUAAGGUCACAGAAAAGUGCAGGAAUUUGUUUCUAAUUCUUGCUUAGAUCUAAACACGGGGCUUUAGUAGGAGCAGGCUAAUAUUGAGCCAAAGUGACAGACACACUCUUAGACAGAUACACAACUUUAUACACAUCGCACACACACAUACAAGUUGACUGCCAGAGAACCUCUUCAGCUUGAGCAUUUCAUCUAUGAGAUAAAACAGAGCUGAAUAAGCCAGUAAGGUUGCCAACAGAGGGAGGGAAGGGAGAGAAAGAGAGAAAGAGAGAGAGAGAGAGGGAGGGAGAGGGAGAGGGGGAGAAAGAGUAGCGGGGAGGGAGAAAGGGUGAUGAUAAAACUCCACUGUGAGCCCUCCUGUAAGCUCAGUCAGAGAGCAAAGGAGCGACUGAGACCAGAGGGACUGUGAGUGCGACGGAGCAAGAGAGACCUGCCACACACCGAAUCUCUGCACGUGGCCUUGGACUUGAUGACUUGUUGGGACAAUCAGUAGGCAGCACUUGAGUUGUGUCAGCCAGAAGCAGGAGAGUGUGCACUGCUACCUGUAAAGUUUUGUUGUUUGGUGUGAAACCAGUUUAUACUUCCAAGUGGAAAAGUGGACCUCAUCUGUCUCCUCUUGGGCUUUGUUCACUCUGCAUCCCAGCGUGACGGGGGGUUGGUGGUGGUAUGGUGUGCGGACUUGAGUGACUGAUUUGCAGAACUGCAUCUUUUGAUGAAAGCCCAACUUUUGUGGAUCUUGCAGCUUUUCCAGCUACCACACCAUUUUGCUGGAGACUGGAUCCAGUGCUCAGUGUGAGAAACAGCAGGAGAGACCUGGUUGGGGGGAAAAAGGAGAAUAUUGCCAUCCAUCUCUCAAACCCCAUAGCCCACCCAUCCACAGCUUUGGACGCCCCUCCUCUCUGCCUCUUCUUUUGCCCCUUGUGCCCCCCUCCCACCCACCACCUCCUCCUCCUCUACACCUCACCCCCCAACAGAGCAGAAAGCGUGAAAAAUCUCACUAAUGGGUUUAUUUGCUGUCAGAUCUGCGCCGAUCUGUCAUUCCCUUGGCCCAUUCUGCUUGACACAUUUCAUAGUUGAGUAAGCCUCCUGGCUUUCUGUCUAGAGUUGGUGCCCCUUCAACGUUGUGCUGGCUGAGAGCUCAUCAAGAGGGGAGCAGCGGCGGCAGCAGUCAGUCUGACAGCCUCUUGGACAGGGAGUCCCUGAAGCUGCAUUCCUCUGGUCUCCUUCUCCCCGUUGGGACUUUGUGUUUGUGUGAGCCUUGUGGGCAUCCUCAGCUCCCUGUCUAAUCACACGACCCGGCCACAGAAGAUUCAGGUUGUUUCUGCAGGGAUUCUGGUGCUGAUCGAAAGGAGUGUGAAGAUGUGGUGUGGGGCUGGGCCUCUGGCUGUGGUGGCUGCAGUAUUUUGGACUCAGUGUGUCCUACUGGAUGGGGUGGAUGCCAAGAAGGAGAGAAAGAGGCCGAAGGAGGCCACGCCACAACACACAGAGACGUACAACGCGACACUCUCCAACAGCGAAGAGGUCGGUGGAAGCGUAAAGAUUUCUGACAACCAGAGAGUCGACCCACUGGGAUCAUGGAUGGACUUUGUCAAAAGACCUGUUGGCAACUUCCCUGGAAAGUGUCGCAAACGCAAACGUCCCCUGCCGGGCCCACCUGGUCCUCCAGGUCCUCCCGGCCCACAGGGACCUCCUGGAUCUCCGGGGGCCGAAGUGACCCAGGAAGUUCUUCUCAAGGAGUUCAAAGAGAUGAUUAAAGAGGCUACAGAGAGGAGAUCAGCAGCACUUGACAGACAAACCAGCCCCAGCCAGCUACCUACAGCUCUCCUCACCCUGGAGGGGAUGACCUCCUACCGGCGAAUAGAGGAGGCUUUCCACUGCAAGCUCAAGGGACCUGUGGUGGUGGAUAAGAAGACUCUGGUGGAGCUCCAGAACUUUCAGACACCACCAGCUAAAGGAGCCUUCCUCAGGGGGUCAGGAAUGGACCAGUCUACUGGGAGAUUCACAGCUCCCAUCACAGGGAUCUACCAGUUCUCUGCUAACGUCCACAUUGACCACAAUGAGGUGAAGCGAAGCAAGAGUCAACUCAAGGCCAGGGACAACGUUCGGGUGCUGAUCUGCAUCGAAUCACUCUGCCACAGAUACACCUCACUGGAGAUGAUUGUCGGAUUAGAGAGUAACAGCAAGAUAUUCACCGUCAGCGUGCAGGGGCUGCUGGAGCUACAGGCAGGGCAGUACACCUCCAUAUUUGUGGAUAAUGCAGCCGGUGCUUCCAUUACAAUACAGAACGGUUCAGAUUUCAUGGGCAUGCUGCUUGGUGUAUAGCCUCACAUAUGAACAGGGCAUCAUCCAAGCCAUCCACUGCUGCCAUUUUGUUUUUUUGUUUUUGUUUUUUCAUUUCAAUGGACUGCUUAUGAGCACCAUCACACAGUACCAAACCACAGGGGAGGUUUGAAGGAAGGAAGUAAGGCUGACAUUGACUUGACUGCUUGUCAGAUGGUGAAAGGACAAUGUGAAGAACUCAAGGACUGAGUUUGUUUUUCACCGUGCACUGCGACUUCCCUGAGGAGCUUGGUUGCCUGUUGCUUCACCUAUAAAAUAACUUGUAUGUACAGCAGUGAAUAUGUCUGUCAAAGUAUAUUUUUCAUGGCUGUCGAACAUCUUUGAGGUAAACCAAAUAUCAAUGUUUUUUAAGCUCUCUGGAUAGAUGUUGGAAGAGCUGGGGAUCAUGAAAAAGUACAUUUGUGUGUAUAUGACAUGUUGAUGUUUGUCUACAUGAUCUCCUGGGUACACACUCAUGAACUCUAGUUAUUUUUGUCAUAGGUUAAAUGUUACAUUUAAGUUAUAUGGUACAUAGACUCUGUGAGUACACUGGACAAUAGAAAAAUGCCCAAUCAGCAGAAUAUGAUCUUGGAAAAGUGAUAGCUCACAUAUUGUAACAUAGCUAUCAGUGCAUUUUUAGCAACAUUAGCAGCAUGGCUCUGUAUGGUAAUGUCAGUCAGUCAAUCCACAACAUUGGUUCACACAGCUCGGCAACUCUUAGACAGAUUGCAGUGAAAUUUUGUACAAAUGUUCAUGGCUCCCAGAGGAUGUAUCCUACUGACUUUGGUGAUGCUCUGUCUUUUAAUUUAGCCUCCCCAUGACAUUUGUGGUUUUGAUUGAAGUAUCUCAUUAACUAUUGGAUGGAUUUCCGUGAAAUUUUAUACACACACUCAUGUUCUCCUCAUGAGGAAUUGCAAUCAAUGCUAGCAUGCUAACUCGCUAAACUAAGAUGGUACAAAUGGAAAACAUUAUACCAUUAUACCUGCUAAACAUCAACAUGCUAGCAUGUGAGCAUGCAGCUGGCAUUAGCAUUUAGCUCAAAGAACUGUUGUGCUAAAGUGACUCAUAGAGCUGCUAGCAGAGCUGUAGAUUUUUAUCGUGUAUUCUCAUUAAAGUAGAAAAACAAGGCUCUUGUAGCUGCAGGUGGAUGAAUUAUUUUGUGCUACAUGGUGUCACUUUAAGCCUGGCACACACUAAAAGAUUUAUAAAAUCUUAACCGAUUUGUAAAAUGUGAGAGACCACACACAUGACGACAAAUAAUUUCACAGUUAUGCUCUUAUAGUGUGUGAUGUGCAACCAGAAGACCAACACAGCACACCACACACUAACAGAUUCACCACCAACAACCAGAUCUUGGCUCUCAAAACUUGAAAUCUUGUGCAGUCACACGAGACUUAAAACAAACAUGGCGGACAGUGAUAUCUCUUCUUUGUUGUGUUUCUGGCAGCCCCGAUCAUCUUCCCAGCAGAUCAGGGACGGUAAAAUCACUCUUAACACACCUCACACCCAGGAAAAUCUGCAAGAUAAUCUAUAGAACCAUCAGAUAAUUGGGGUUUUGCUGACUUUGAUUGGGAAUGCUAAUAUUGCUAGCACUAAGUACAUUUCAGACACUCAAGCUGGCAGCUACAUAUAUUUCUCCAAGGUAAUAUCUUUUUGUCUGGUCUUGACAUGAGGCCAUUUUUUAUUGUGCAGUUAUGGAAAUUCAGAAACACAAGUAAUUAAAUGUUUGUUCAUUUUUCAGUUCAAAAUUUCACAUCAACAAAUCUCAACUUUUGGCACACCAUUUCUCCACCGGCCCCGUGGACAUUUGUGCAAAAGCUUUUUUUCCACUUCAAUGUGAAUACGCCUUUAGUCUUGUUUAAAUGUGUUAAACAAAUCCACAAAUUGACUGUAAGAGAGGUGUAAAAGAACAAUUUUUGGGUAGACUCAAGAUUAUUUUUACAGUUCUUUUUGCGUUAUCAUUUAUUAUCCGUUUAUUUUUCACUGUAUUUUAUUAUUUUCCUUGACAUUUAGAUGUUUGUAAUUUAUCGUAACUGAGACACCAGUAAUAUUGGAAAGCAUUGAAAUUUGAUAUGGUAUUUAUGUUUGAGAAAAUGUAUCAAUUGUGUGUUGAUUUACACUUUUGUGGACUAUUGACACCACAGAUUAUUGCAAGAAUAAAAUUAUAUCUUUUUACUAUUUUUUUAUUACCCAUAAUAUUCUGUAAUUUGAAAUUAAACUCUUUAAAAACACUGUCA